GUUCUGGUGGGAGGCAGUUGUCUUCUGGACCUUGCGCAGGCUGUCACCACGGAGUUUAGCUUCCACUACAUUCUCAUCCAGUUGGCUGGAUUCACAAUGUGCUUGACCUUGCUUCAUAUCCUCAUUGUUCUGUGGCGCCUGGGUCGACAAAUGCAGCGUGUUCAGAUGGCAUGUUGGACUUUUGCGGUGCUUUGUGUUGAUCUCCUACUUGUGGCCGCGCUUCACAACCGCUGGGUCGGACAGCAGUCAUUCUCCUCGGUCACAUGGACUGCACUGGAAUACUUGGGCAUGGUUCUUUACACCGCCGUCAUGGUGCAAAUUGGCAGCCUGCUGCCAGCUGCUACGGUCAAGGUCGGCUGUUUGCCACGCAUCAUCUCAGAGGAAAUCGCCACAUCUAAGUCCUUGCUGCCACAGCACUCGCACAAUGGAAAGAAGGCCAAGAAGGUGGGUACCUGA